CUGUAAUUUCCCUUUACUUGGCCUCUGAAAUUUUUAGAUAAGAUUCCCAAGGUCAGAAGGUGGCCUGGAUAAACAAUAAAUAUUGGUCGUUGGUGUGUUCUAGAGAAAAUAGUACAGUGCAAAGGGUAUAAGAGAUCUACACUCCAAAGGUGAUUUUUGUUCGAUGAUUACUAACAAUGGUCCAUUGGAUGGGUUUUGCAUGAAAUAUAUAGCUUUAUAUCAAUAUUACUAGUAGAACAUGCAUGACGUAGUUAACAGUUACCAUGGUUGGAGAGAAACAGAGAAGCAGGCUUUGGAAAGCCGGAAUUUUAAGACGCAUGUUUGCAGGCAUCGUGAUAGUAGGAAUCAGUUAUUUUUGUUAUCUAGUUUUCUUUCAAGCACCUGGUCAUUUUGUUUAUACGCAUGCUAAUACACAUGCUCAGUGCAUGAUUCCACAGAUAAAUCCGUUCGAUAAAGAUAUUCUAGCAUUUUUUUGGCAACCAGAUCCUAUAGUGUGUACUAAAAACACUGAACUAGUUUAUAUCGAUGACAACGAUACUAUACACAUUAAUUAUAGUCGAAUUAAUUUAGAAGUUGUUAACUGUAGUUGUCAGAAUAUAAUUCGAGAAACUGAAAACGAUAACGAGGUAUUAUUUAGAUUACCAGUUUGGUUUUCUAAAAGUUCAAAGUUGACCUCAGACUUUAUCAAAGUUCAGUGCUACGAUUACAGCGGUAAUUUAUUGUAUGAGCGUCUACACUACCAUAUUCAUAAAUCCAGAAAAAAAUUCACAUCUGAUGAAAAUCGCUUCAGUGUUUUAAUACUUGGAAUAGAUGGUAUGUCGCGCUUGGCAGCUAUUCGCGAACUUCCAAAAACACUAAGAUAUCUCCAAGAUACUUUACAGGGAUACAUUUUAAAGGGAUAUGCAAAAGUUGGAGAAAACACAUUUCCAAAUAUGGUGGCUUUUUUGUCUGGUCGUAUAGGAUACAGCAAAGAUUUUCCGGUAGAUCCGAAUGUGUUUUUCGAUAAACAUCCAUUUAUCUGGAAUAACUUCUCAAAAGAUGGUGCUGUUACUAUGUAUGCUGAAGAUUGGCCUAGACUGUCAACGUUCAACUAUGCUGUUCCAGGAUUCAACCAAUCACCAACAGACCAUUAUUUCCGUCCUUUCUAUUUGGGUAUAAACAAAAUGCGAAAGUAUCAAUCAACGAUAAAUGAGGCAUUGUUAUUUCUCGAAAACCAAAAUAUCAAAGUUGGUAAAACAUCAACCUUGUGCUAUAGUGAUAAGCCAAAACACGUAUUACAGCUGGACUAUUUUAAACGAUUUUUAAAAUCUUAUCGCAACAAGUUAAAGUUCGGUCUUUCUUGGUUAAACGAAAUUAGUCAUGACUACGUAAAUUUUAUAAAGUUAGCAGACGAUGAUUUGCUUGAUUUUUUAGUAUUUCUUAAAGAAGAUGGUUAUUUAGAAAAGUCAGUAUUAUUUUUUGUAAGUGAUCACGGUUCACGAGUAGAUAAAAUCCGAAACACACCAAUAGGACGUAUUGAAGAGAGAAUGCCAUUCUUUUCAGUUGUUCUUCCUCAGAACCUCAAAGACAAAUUUCCACAAGCUGAAUAUAACUUACGAACAAAUGUCGAAAGAUUAACUUCUCCUUUUGACUUUUAUGAAACUGUUGUAGAUAUUUUUAAAAACGAAUAUUCUCAUAGUACAAACGUUGUACAGUAUCCGUUGUCAAGAGGAAUUAGCCUUUUCAGAAACAUCCCAAAACAGCGAUCAUGUGCCGAUGCUGGGAUUCAUGAACAUAACUGCGCAUGCUACACUUCUGAAAAUAUUCCAGUAAACAAUACCGGGAUUGAACGUGUAGCCGCCUUUGUUGUUACAAAAAUAAACCGUGAUUUAUAUCAUUUAAGAGAAAAGUGCGUAACAUUGACAUUAAAUAGGAUCAUCGAAGCAAAACUAAUUCACUCCCAAUUAAGACAUAAUGAACAAUACGACGACAAGAAAUUUAUGCAUAAUUUCAUCAAACCAAAAGAGGACACAAACAAACGUUUUUUGAUUCUUUUUGACGUUUUGCCAAGUGCUGCUAUGUUUGAGGCAACUGUAGAGGAAACGAAUGCAAUUGAAUUUUCAGUAUUAGGACAUGUCAGCCGGACUAAUCGUUAUGGAAACCAGUCAUCGUGCAUUAAUGAUAAAAGAUUAAAACUUUAUUGCUUUUGUAAGUGAAUGAUCGUGUUAAAAUGAUUAUACAUUUUAUACUGUUAUUUUUCUAAGAUGAAGUAUUAACAGAUAUACAAAAAAACAUGCCGAGCAAACCAAAGUGUAUUUGUUAUAUAAGAUGUGACGUAUAUAGGUGCAUACUCGUUUUUUUUUAAAAGAAUACUUAAAAUAUA